GUGUGCAUCACAUGACCGGUGGAUCGUGGCCGGUGGAUCCGGUAGCUGGAGCAGCAGCAGCAUGGAGCACGGAGUGCGCAGCGGGCAGGGUCCCCCUCUCACACAGGUGUACAGGUGUCUCCUGACGGGCCGCUGCCCCGACUGGACCGCUGCGGAGGUGGCGGACGUCGUAUGCUCCGCGGUGUGCGGACCGGUGCCCGGUGGUGAGGACAGAGAGCGUUGUCAUGACAACAGCGUGGCGCUGUCCUGCAUGAGCGUGAGUCUGGUGGACAAGAUCGCCUCCUGCCUGACGUCACGGAGCGUCAGUCCUGCGGUGACGUCAUACUGCGAGGAGGUCCUGAGGCUGCUGCUCGGAGACGGGGAUCUCAUGUCUCAGCUCGUGCAUCUGUUCCAGUCCAAGGACCUGAUCGUCUCACACCUGGCUGCUAAGAGUGUGUCAACGUGUGUUUUCUAUUCUCUACAAACAUCAGGAACCAUCUGUCCGGUCUGGAGGCAGACGUGUGUAUUGGCGUUUCACAGAUCACUCCCCGGUACCGAGUUGGACGCCUGUCUGUGGUCACUGACUGAAGUCUGCAAAAAACUUCUUAAAGGAGCUCAUCAAGUGAUCUUUGGGGAGCUCCUUGCAGCUUUUGACUCGGCCCUGAGUUCUUUAUGUUCAAAGUUUCUCCCUGAGGACGGAGGGACAAAGUGUGACCGGGGGACAACACUCUGCCUCCUGCUGGACCUGCUGGAGGUGCUGACUGCGUCCACUUGGAUCUGCGGAGCUGCUGUGUGUCUGAAGAGUCAGAUAAUAACACACAGUCACUCCUCGGCUCUCCUGGAAACAGUCAGCGGCUCCUCAGAGUAUUUUGUGAAGAAGCGAGCGUUGCUGCUCUUGAAGAGGGUCGUGCUGCAGAAGGCUGGAGAGGACUGGGCUUCAGGAGACUUGCUGCUCAGCGGGCUGAAACACGAGCAACUCAGCUCAGAUAUGAGCCGGCUUGCUCACAAUGUGCUGACGGCAGUUGCUGCUGAUUGGUUGGAGACUGUUCAAGUAGAAUCUGCCUCUUUCUUUGGGGGAACCCGGGCGGUCCGAGGUGAAGAAGACCAAAAACCGGAUUGUGUGAUGCUGAGAGCUGUCAGUCUGCUGCUUCUCAAGUCAGCAGAACUUCGCAUCCAAUCAGCUGCUGGGACAGCAGGAUGGAGCAGAGCCACAGAGGUGUAUGGGUACCUGCAGAGUCUGUGGAGCUUCCUGAGGAGAUGCAGCGUCCUGCUGAGUGCGCUCACUCACCGCUGCUGCUGGAUCAGCGUGCUGUUUGGAGAGCAGGACGACGACAUGAUGGAGGCGGCCAAAGCUUCUCUCUCCAUAUUCCUUCAUCACAGGCGGUGCUCUGGGUUGGAGGAUUUGGCUGAGUUGGAUGCAGCCUGUGCGUCUGGUAACAACCCUCACUGCAUUUUCCUGCUUCUGCUCCAGAGCGUCUCCUUCGACCACAGCAUCCUCCUCGACUUCCUCAUCUCCACGGAAACCUGUUUCCUGGAGUUCCUUGUGCGGUACCUCAAGUACCUCUCAGCUGAUUGGCCGGGCUUCACUGCAGCGUGUGGAAGAAUCGGCUGUCAACGUUCCCUCCAGCAGCGGUCCUCACCUGCCUCAUGUGGUGGGGAUGUGUUGGAACAAAAGACUAAAGGUGAGCCGGGUGGGCUCCGUCUGGUACAGUAUGGUAGUUCUGACGAGUCCGGUCCAGAGGACAUGGAGGUUUGUCAUGAUGAAUCGAGGAUGCCGGUUUGUGAGAACAGUCGACUAAAUGUCAAUCAUGAUGUGAAACAGGAGAUGAGUGGACCACCAGGACCGAUCAGACAGAAACAAUAUGAGUCAUCACACUCUCUGAGUCAAGCUAACGCUGCGUUGAAGAGCUCAUCAUCAUCAUCGGUGCUACACAGUGAGCAAACGGGUCCAAACAUGGCCGCUCUGUCAGGACAGGUGAGCACCUCAGAGAGAACAGUCCUCUGUCUGUCUCAGCUCAGGGUGCUGCUGACCAGGCUGCAUGCGAGGAAACUCUUCCCAUACAACCCGUCCUCUCUUAUAAAGCUCCUCGCACAAGUGGAGAACAAAUCUCAGCAUCCUGUCCCAGUUCAAUAAAACAUGACCAAUA